GUUUGCGUUCCAUUGUACGGAAGUAGCUUUUUUUCUGGCUGCUCGCGAUACUGACGUCACGGGGGUGUCGCCACCGGUGGAAGAUGGAGGCCUCCGGUCUGACGGUGAAUAACAAGAUGAGGACGGGAGUUGGCGGUGUUACAGUUGGAAGUCCCCAACCUGGCAAAGGGCGAGAGUAUAACCGCAAUCAACGCAAAGACUCCGAGGUUAGACAGGGGGGAGAGAGAGAGAGAAAAUACAACACACACACAUUUCCUAAGCUUAUAUAGUGUCUAAUGUACAUGAUACAGCAGGCAGUUUGCAACCCCACCCCAGUGUAAACAUCUGUUGGUCCCAAAUACACAAUAUUCGGUAUAUAGGCUGCAAUAUGUUAAUAAACCAGCCACAUGCACCUACCUAUAAUGUAUGUGUAGACAUUUGUGUGGAGCUUGUGGAAACAAAAGUGAAUGCUUUCAAAUGUUACUGUAAUAUAUUCAGUAGAACAUUUCUGGGCUCCUAUUUCAAUGCAGAUAACUGUUUUAUGCUGGUAGGUGAUAGUAUAGCUAUCUGUCAGGUAAAUGUUUACAGGUGUCAUGGGGGGAAAUGUGUUCUGGAAUGGAAUUGUUUUUAAAUAACACAAUUAAGGUUUUUGUUUUUUUUUAUUUGUCCAACAAAGAGGCUGAUAGGGUUAUUAAAUAAACACAGAAUUUUAAAACCAUUAGAUUCAGACAGCUUUGGCAAGUCUCAGAUUUACUAAACGUGAUACAGUCAGGAUUCUUUUGGUUUGGAUGAGUUUGGAGAAUCACUUAUAUCUGCAUCGGAACCAAUUUACAUCAUCGGAAUCAGAGAUUUAUGAACAACAACAUGGCAGACGAUGAUCAACCAAAUACAUCUGGCAGAAUGCACACCAGGAAAUUGUCAUUCACUUGCUUUUUGCAAUUGAAUUGAUCAUUUGAAGAGCUAAUUGACCACUUGCAAUACUAGAAACCCAGCGUGGAAAUAGUUAAAAAUCCUCAACGGCGCAAAGGCUAAUUAUGUGACGGCUGACCAGUGCAGCUAGCCAGCCGCCACAUUAAAAAAGUUGAAUAAGAAAUACGUUUUAUGAGGAUCAAUAGUGGAGCCGUAAAGCGGCUAACAGCAGACCCCAGGUAAAAGUGGUUUGACUACUUCAUGGCAGGUGUGGGCAUACCUACUAAACAGGGCAACCAGUCCUGACAAGGGUUUUUAACUGUUUUCUGGCUGCUAGCGGGCAAACAGUUCUGUUUUUUUGUUUUUUAAUCUGGGCCCCGAGGUGAAGCCUACAGGAUUUCAGCCAGUUGGAGACUUCAGUCCAGCUCAAAUCCAAACAAAAUUAAAACCUGUUCAAUUUUGUUUGCCGCUUGACUAGUUUGCCCUUAAAGUAACAUUCCAAACACCAUAUCCACAACAGCAUGCUGUUGUGGUUAUGGUGCCAUGAGUACCUCUCACUGUACAUAGUCAAACCAUUUUAGAACAGUUUGACUUCUUACAUGAGGUACUCAAGACACUGCCCUUCACUUUCACUACAGCCGACAAAGAGCCAUAAGGUCCUGCUUGGGAGCUUCAGUUUGCUCUUCGGAGGUAGGCAUCAGCUGAUUGUUCUCAGCCAUUGAGCUCAGCUGUGCACAGCCAGUGUUUAGCUCAGACAGAGAGCUUCCAGCGUUCUAUGAGCUGUAGUUGAGGCGUAAAGCGGCUAACAGCAGACCCCAGGUAAAAGUUUGACUACUUACAAAGGAGUGAGGGGUGCAAGGGCACUCCUGGCAUCAUAACCACUAUAUAACUUUAUAGUGGUUAUGGUGUUUGGUGAUUUUAAUUUGGAUGGAGGAAGAAGGUGAUGGUAAAGUGACAGUGCAACGUAGAAUUAUAAACAUUUGAGGUGUCUUGCAUUGUCUCAUGAGUCUGUGGCCAUAGAGAAACUGGCUGGGUGAGUAACCUGCUUUGUUGUUGUGUUUUUUUUUUGUUUUUUUUUAUGUUUAUUUGUUUUUGUUUUUUGUUAAAUAUCUUUUUAUAUGACUGCUUACAUAUCUUAAAAGUUCUCUGUAAUCAGAACAGCUCAUUGCAAAGAGUCUGUCAGAGUGCUUCUAGCUGUGGGUGGUUAUGAACUUUGGUUAAUCCACCCCAGAACUCUGUUAAUCACUGCCUCUAAAAUUUAGUGGGCUAUUUCGGAAGUACAUUUCUACAUUAGUCAAGGCACCGCAGAAGCAUUUGAUGUAACUUAGGGAAAGCCCUGGUUUGUGUCAAAGUUUGUGUCACUUUGACACAAAUUGGGGGAAGACAUCUGCAGAUUUGUUGCAGAAUAACCACUACUGUUAGCUAUAGUAGUUAUAUUGGGACUCUUAAUAUAACUUGUGUUCCGAUAAGAGUGCCUAAAAUUACCAACCGCGACUAACCAUUGGCAAUUGAAAAUUUAGCCCUGGUGAGUAGAACUUCACCUCUAAUGAAUGUUCCAUGGCACAUUCAGGCUUGUAGUGGCAAGUAACGAUCAAAGCCUGGCAAGUAGCAUAGAACUCAACAUUUUAAGCCCUGUGAUAAAUAUUAAUGUAAUUUGAAUGGCACACUAGAACAAUGAUCCUGAAAUAGAUGUUGACUCAUACUUUAAUGAGCAUUUAAGUCAUCUCUUUUCUUCAACCUUCUAAUUCUUAAAAAGUUACAAAGCAUGUACCAAAUGCUCCAUCAAAAAUUUUGUUUUUUAUUCCUUUCUGCUACAAUAAGAAAAAAAAAAACUGUUGUAUACUCUUAAAAGCAGAUGAGAAGGGGAGAAAUGAGCAUCAUCACUGGUGUGAGGGGAUAUAUUGAAAAAGGGGUUGUUGAUUGCUAGAGAUUUUGUGUUUUUUGUUUUUUUGUUUUUCUUGUUUGCCCUUCCUGCUACUUCCAGGAGGAUAGUUGUUCUAUAUGGUAGUCCAGUGGAGGCCAUUCUUUACAGGAUGCUUUGUGGUUCUGUGGGGGGGGGAGCAUUGUGAUCUGCACCAAUACUUGUAGCUGCACUUUCUCUAUGACCGCAGGACUCCUAAGAAGGGAGAUAUUUUUCAGGAGGGCCACUUCACAGCCAGAGCGCCAAGCCCAAACAGGUGCCCUGGGCAUUUGCCAUGUUGCCUUAUGAGUGAUAUUCUGGCUCUGGCUUUGUGCUAAUAAAUUAUGUCCAAGUAAUUCACUUUUGGAAUAGCUGGGAGAAAGUUCUACAAUAGAUGAAAGAAUGUAAAGUAUUAUAGAGAUUGUACAUGUCAAAUCAUUUUCUUUUUCAGUACCUGCUAAUUUUUAAAAUGUCACAUAUGUUCCAAAUGUGAUAUGUAUGGCAAUCCUAAAUUGUUGAUGGUGUUUUUUUUUUUUUUCAGAUUUAUUAUUUUAUUUUUUAUCGUGUGAUUUUGAUUUAUACUUUUGCUAUAUAGGGUUACUCGGAGUCACCAGAUCUUGAAUUUGUGUAUGCUGAUGCGGACAAAUGGGCUGCAGAACUAUCAGGUAGGGAACUGCUGACAUAGGUUCCACUCAUAUCUCAUAAACUGGAACCAUGUAUUUGUUUAACCCCUUAAGGACACAUGACAUGUGUGACAUGUCAUGAUUCCCUUUUAUUCCAGAAGUUUGGUCUUAAGGGGUUAAACUGACAUGAUCCAUUUUUUUGUAUAUAAGUCAGAGCAUUUUCACUCAGCUGUUCAUUGGAACAACAUUUAGAAUAUUUGCUUAUUUUAUGGGUAUUUAAUUACAGAUUUUCAUACUUUUAUAAAGCAAUUUAGCUUACUAAAAUGCCUUAUGUGAAGAGUGCAUCACUUUUUUUAAAACUUUUUUUUAUUUCAUAAAAGUGCUGCAGCACAAAUGGUAGGUGCUUGCCCAGAGCACAUCAGCCGUGCAAAGGCUUCUCAGUGAGCUGUAACAUAGCUGAUUGAGAAGUCUGUGAUUGGACAGCCAUACCCGUGUGCGUCUGGUCUGCAAGGCUUCAAUAUGAGAAGCAUCUUAAAGGUUAUUCCCUGGCACAGAUGAAGAACAAUGGGGAAGGCAAGGCCUUGGAGUAGCUUCUGCUACUAGAUCUGCAGUUGUUGCAUGCUAAACUUUCAAUAACUCCCCAAAUCUUGAUUUUAACAUAUAUCUACACAACCUCCUGUCAUUUUCCCUUUAAAUGUAUGCAAAUUUGUAGAACUCUCAAAACGUAUUGUCCUUGUGUUCCUGUCUGACAAGUUGUUGGUUUUUUUUGUUGUUGUUUUUUUAUUUAUUUUUUUGCAUACAGUUUAUCCAGCAUCUUCACAAUUUGUUGUCAUUAUAAGAAUCAUUAGAUUAAAACAAGUUUAUAUUUUACAGAUUAAAUGUUUGUGGCAUUUUAUUCUCUCCUGUUUUUUUAAUUACUUUAUAUAUGUUUCUUUGUGCCUCUAGAGCUGUACAGUUACACAGAGGGUCCAGAAUUCCAACUGAACAGGAAAUGCUUUGAAGUGGAUUUCAGAUUACAUGGUGAGGCUCUGUUCCUGUGAUAUGCUGUAUGGCAGUAAGUGUAUAUGUGCACAAACCAGUGGUACAUAAAGUACGGAAAGCUCUCUGCAAAGCUAUUAAGAGGAAUAAAAAUAUCUUAAACAUGUUGCAUUUCGUUUUCAUGAUUUGUUUCCUUUAGUUCCUGAUAAGAAAUGGACAGAGCUAGACAUAUCUCAGCAGCGUGCACACACUAUGCGUCUUCUGGAUGCACUAGAAGUCACGGCAAGAGAGAAGAGACUUAGGGUGGCUCGGGCUAUUCUCUAUGUAGCACAAGGUGAGCAGUUGACAUUAACAAAGCUCUACACCAUUCCAGUGAAUUUUUUGGUUUAGUCUACUACUUUGUUUUGUUUUAGCCUGUGAUCUCUAAACACUGUUUCUCAUAUCCAUUUCCUCUCUUCUUGUUUAGGUACUUUUGGGGACUGUACCUCAGAAACUGAAGUUCAGACAUGGGUACGACAUAACAUCUUUCUUUUGCUGGAAGCUGGCGCAUUCAAUGCUCUCGUAGAACUUCUAAACAUGGAAGUAGAGUGAGUACGAAAUCUUGUCACAUUACUACACCCUCCUAUAUAGAUGUCCCUCUGACAAAACAAUUGUUAAACUUCACAAUUGACAAACAAAACAAAUACCAAAUGCCUGCUCCUAUAAAAAUGUAUUUUAUAUAUUUAACAUUCCUUAAUGUUUUAUAUUUCUAGAAACAGUGCAGCUUGCAGUAAUGCAGUGAGGAAACCUGCUAUUUCAUUAGCUGACAGCACAGACUUGCGGUAAGGAAGAAGUAGCUAGUUUUAAACGCAAAUGUAUUCUAAACUCUGUUUUGCUUUAAAUUCUGUUAGGCGUAUUAAGUAAACACCGAAUUCUGACUGCAACGGCAAUUCUCACAUUUAGUAAAUCCAAUAAAGUUGGAGCAAAUUUGCAGCAAUCACCUGGAUGCAGUUUGUGUCCGGAUUGAUAUCCGUGCUUUGACAUCCGAAUCCUAUGCAAAUAGGGUUCGGAAUAUGCACAAAUCUCAAAUAUUAACAAAAUUCGUAAUUGAAUGAAUCCGGUAAGAUGCACAUUCACUAAUUAUUGUUCAGUUGUAUUUUGUGAGUCAAUUGAUCAUCUGAAGUUCUGUUUAGCUUCUGGCAGCACUAGAAGAAAAAUGUUAAAAACCCUCAGCAAUGCAAUGUUUAAUUUAAAAAAAUAAAUUUUUAGUAAAAAUAAAUAAAUAAAAAGGCCUAUGGGUGUCUGUAAGGCACCCAUAUUAUUAUAAAGGAAGUUGUAAACCUGCUGGGCGGGGACUAAUAUAAUAUAGCCAGAGGGGUGACCUAAUGAGAGCUUAGGGCUAUAAUGAUUUAAGAAGGGUGCACAGUGUCCUCCAGCCCCAGCCCAUUAGCAGCAGGUGGGGGUUUCUUAAUAAUUUAAAGAAACUCGUCCACCCCCCAGUGGCAUGGCCCACCUCUAACAAACCACUCUUAAAGUAAACUAGCCUUACCUACACCUGCUCACCUGAGUAAUACUGAGGGUGUAUUAAAACUAAUAUCUGUAAAGAAAUAAAUGAUUCUCACCAUCUGAAGGCUUCAUUUGUCCAAAUCUUCUUCCCUAAAAUUUUUUUUUUUUUAAUCCAUAAUCCUGCAAUGCAAAAAAAAUAAAAAAAUUUAAUCUCAAAAUACCCUGCUGGAAAAAUUCAGAACUGAGAUGCAAAAGAAUAAAUCCAUAUUUGCUCCGCAGUUACUCAGCAAUAAAUGGGGUUUUAUAACCGGAAAGACCCUUUCUAGCUAUUGGGCAGCAAUGACUGGCCAGUUGCUAGUUUUAAAAACUUAGUAGAUAGGGUCCGAAUUUCAGCUAUCCGGCAUUCGAUGCUUGAAUUGAAAAAUCUGGACAUUGUUAAUGAAUUUUGCUGUUAAGAUGGAUUUACCCUGUUCAGUACGGGGCCAUUUGGUCUUUCAUGAAUAAGCCUGUAUGUUUUAGUAUGCAUUAUUCUCCCUUUCCUCUUCAUUGUGCUGCUAAAAGGUCUGUAGCUCAGUAUGCUGUCUGCAUGUUUCUUUGCAGAGUUCUGUUGAACAUUAUGUACUUGAUGGUGGACACUUUGCGUGAAGAGGGAGAAGGUGACAGUGCAGAGUGGAAAGCCAUGAGGCAGACGUUCCGCUCAGAACUAGGUGAAGUGUCUUUUAAACUUUGCAAAUGUCAUGCAAUACACAUAUGACUUGACAAAAAAAUAGUAUUCAUGCAUAAUACAUUGUGAACUUCAGUAAUGUGUAUUUUUUUUCAUAUUUUUGUUAAAACACAUUUAAAACAGUGGUUAUGAAGUGUUGAAUUUUCUUACUACAGGGUCCCCCCUGUACAACAGUGAACCCUUUGCUGUGAUGCUCUUUGGUAUGGUUACAAAGUUCUGCAGUGGCCAUGCCCCUCACUUUCCCAUGAAGAAAGUGUUACUACUCCUGUGGAAAACUGUGUUGGUGAGUAUGAUACUGUGCUCUUAAAUAAUUUGUCUAUAUAUUUGUAUUUGAUGUCCUACAUCCUUUGCAGUGCACCCUUGGUGGCUUUGAAGAGCUACUGGAGUUGAAAUCUCAAAAGCGAGAGAUGCUGGGCCUUCCACCACUUCCUGAAGACAGUAUUAAAGUAAUUCGGAAUAUGAGAGCUGCAUCCCCUCCAGCAUCUGCAUCUGACUUAAUUGAACAGCAACAAAGGAGAGGUCGACGGGAGCAUAAGGUAAAAGGAAGGAUUAUAUUGGUAGUUUAGCUGUUGACUAAAAGCUGGGGAGUUUGGGAAAUGGGCAUUUUUAGCUGUUAUAUUGGAAGGUGCAGAUAAAUUAAUUGCAAGUCUGCUUGUUCAUUUGUUUUUCAAGGCCCUCAUUAAGCAGGAUAACCUUGAUGCUUUUAAUGAGCGAGACCCAUACAAAACAGAUGAUUCUCGUGAUGAAGAAGAAGAAAAUGAUGAAGAUAACAGUCUUGAGGGGGAACCUUUUCCUUUGGAGAGGGAAGAAGUUAUGCCUCCACCAGUAACAAAUCCUUCCACUGAUCGUUUAGCAUUCCCAAAAGGUUUACCUUGGGCACCCAAAGUUAGGUGAGACCAUUUACACUGUACUUUUUUAUGACUUUAUAUGAGUGUUUGCUUCCUGAAAUACAAUACUGUAGUUUUCUUCCUUUCAUUUCAUUUUUUUUUUUUUCUGUCUAGUCUGUGCUUUAUUUUCUUAUGGUUCAUCCCUGCAGGGAGAAAGAUAUUGAAAUAUUUUUGGAAUCCAGUCGUAGUAAGUUCAUUGGGUACACUCUGGGCAGGUGAGUGUUUGGAUCUAACUGUGUUGAAUGAUAUGUGUGUUUUUCAGUGUAUGGAUUUGAUUUCAAAGUAGGAUGUGUGUUGCAUUAUGUGUCGGAUGUUGGCGUUAGUUCACUUGGUAGGAAUAUUGGUGUGUUAAUAUGCUGUGCCUUUUUCUUCCCCCAGUGACACUGACACAGUGGUUGGGCUACCACGUCCCAUUCAUGAAAGUAUUCGCACCCUAAAGUUGGUGAGUUUUUGAAGUUUGAAUAAACACUAAUCUGCAUAUUGCAUCUGCCCUGGAAUAGCUAAUUGGGAUACUGAGAAUGUAAGCAUUUGUAUUUUAGUCUUUUCAUUUAUUCUUAUGAGGCAUAUGUUGUCUUCCUUUUUUGCUUUUGUCUACCACAGCACAAAUACACGUCUAUUGCAGAGGUUCAAAUAAGGCUAGAAGAAGAAUUCUUGAGAUGUCCUCUGUCUGGGGUAUGUGUGCUCUUCUUUUUUUUUUUAAAUUUUUUUUUUUAAUUUUAUUUUUGCAUUUCUGUAUCUCUGACUUCUGUUUCAUGAAUUCAGGGAGAAGAGGAGGUAGAUCAAGUUUCUGCAGAAAUACUGUACCAAGGACUCCUUCCUAGUCUGCCCCAGUAUAUGGUAAAUAUGACAUGCCUAAUGAUACUUGCACCCAUGUGCCGCAAUUUCCAUUUAUUUGAAUUGUGACAAUUACACAGAUUUGCUUUGUACUGUGUCAAUCGUAAAAUAAGACCGGUUGCUCUUAUAUUGAUUUUACCUUUUUAGCUUAAGCGUCUUUCAGUAGUACAUUGAGCUACUGAUUCUCAGGCUACUUUAUAUAAAUAAAUGAAAUAUAUUUACUACAAGACAAGUUACACACACUGUUAUGCCUAGGUAUCCUGGUCUCAUAAUCAAUCAAGAUAAUGAAUGCAAUACAUCAUAACUGAAGCAGAAUUUUAUCUUCUGUUCUUUGUGAGCUGAUUUAUCAGAUUGUUUGCUUGUGUCAAGAAGAACUCCUAAUUUGGCUUUCAGUCGUCUGAUGUAAUGAUAAAAAUAGAGUUAAAUACAUCCUUUCUAGGUGGAAAACCAACACACUAAUUUGUUUCAUUUGUCCCUUUUUUGUAUUUUAGUAUGCAAAACACAUAGGCAAUUUCAGAUUUUAGGCCAAAUAGCUGACGUGGAGAUUUUUCUUUCCAUUUUAACUGUUAAGACCUAAAAACUGCAAUUAUUUUUGAAUUCUCAAACUUUCACACUUCAAUUCAUGACUGUUUCUUUCUGCUUACGUACCAGGUUGAUGCCCUAAAAGUUGAAAUGUCGUGAAUUUAAUAUGUUAGGCUAUGGUACCUAAUUUUGUAAAAUAAGAAUAAAAAAAACAGUCAACUCUGAUGUUAGAUCAGUUAUUAUGACCCAAAAACGGAAAUUUACUUUGAAUUACAGACAAUUACACUUAAGCGUUAAUUUAGCGUUAUAUUUUAUUAAAUGUCUCAGAUUGCCUUACUGAAGAUCCUGCUUGCUGCAGCUCCUACCUCCAAAGCCAAAACAGAUUCCAUUAAUAUUCUGGCAGAUGUGCUACCUGAAGAAAUGCCGUAAGUCAAGGGCAGUUUUAUAUUUGUAAAAAAAAAAAUUCACCUUUUUACGUAUGCAAUAUUAAACAUUUGGUUUUAUCUAGGACCACAGUACUGCAAAGCAUGAAACUAGGAGUAGACGUAAAUCGGCACAAAGAGAUUAUUGUUAAAGCAAUUUCUGCCGUGUUGCUUUUGUUGCUGAAACACUUCAAACUAAAUCAUGUUUAUCAGGUUUGUAUUUAAUUUAUAAAUACUUACUAUGUCAGUCUCCCCAGGUCCCCAUGGAUGAUCAGUGAUAUACUGAUAAUCUUGAUUCACUACGUAUCUCCUUGUAACACUAUAUUGGCCUUGUCUACGCUAUAGUGUAUUUUGUAGCUUUUCACAUAUAUCUUAUUACUCCAGCUGUAAAUAUUUUAUGUACAUUUGCCCCAUAUAACAUUAACGCAUAUCAAAUACAGGUUGUUCAAUUUAAACUGCAUUUUACCCACUUCACUGAAAUAAAUAAAUACUACUAGAAACCAGCCUUUUCAUAAUUUCCUCACGAAUUUCCACCAUAUUCAAAGCUCAAAAAUAGAAGUUUGAAAUCUAUAAUGGGGUAUGUUGCAUUAAUUGUUAGCAUCUCACAUUUCUAAAAAGAACUGGGCGCUCAAUUAAACUGUUAAAAGAAAGUAACAUGAACUUACUUUCAAGUAGAAUUACUGUGAACUGUGUGUAUAUAUUGGGUUGGAAAGUGACCGCAUACCUCUGCCGUAUUUGUAAGGGAAAGCUUGAUAUGAGUAUUUAGGAAUCUCCUGGCCAUUUCCGAAGUACCCAUUGCACAGGUAGAGAAACGGUUUUAAGUAACACAUUCCAUCUACCCUGCUUGUAUAUGCGUAUAUUUAUUGAUUUGCUUAUAAUAAACAUAAUCCUUCUUUCUCUACUCCAUUGUUUACUUACUGUAUGUAUGUUCCAUAUUUUUUCAUUUUAAGACUUAUGCCAUUUAUAUGUGAUUUUAUGCAUAUAUUUACUUAUUUUUAUUUUUUUAUUCUUCUAUCCCCAGAUGGAGUACAUGGCACAACAUCUAGUUUUUGCUAAUUGUAUUCCUUUAAUAUUGAAAUUUUUUAAUCAGAAUAUCAUGUCAUACAUUACUGCCAAGAACAGGUAAUAAUGCUAAGAAAUGAAAGAGGGGCAAAAAGUGUAAUCAAAGACUUUAUCUUAAUACAGGGUUUGCCAACAGGUAGCUAACCAACUGUUAUAGUUCUAUACUUUAAGGAUAACGGUGCUGAAGAUGAACAACUAGAGUGCAGCCUCUUGAAUACCCCGGGGCUCUUAAUAUGAAUACAAAAACUACCUAUGGGCUACAUUAAAUCCAGGGUGGAUUUGAUUUAAAUCAAGCUAAUUUAAACCACUAGUAAGUAAGACUUGAUUUAAAAUGGGAUUUUUAAACAUAAAGACUCAUUCUUGCUAGGUGUUAUAAUUUUAAUAUUUUCAACCAGAUAACUAAUACAUUUUAACAUCAUUUAACAGUUAUAUAAAACUGAUUUUGGUAUAUUCCAAAUAAAAAUAUUUAUGCAGUUUUAAGUCCUCCUCUAGUGGCAGUCUACCAGAGGGACUUCUGGGUUCUUAGACGACUUUUGGUCGUCUAAACGGUGCUGGAUGUCCUCCAAUGCGUGAGGACCUCUGGCAUUGAAUAAUGCUUUCCUUUGGGGAGAUCCUAAUGCAAGUGCGGCCAUUGCUGCAUUAGGUCUCCCCCGCCAACGUCCAAGUGCGGGUGGAUCCUGACCCAGCGCCGAGGGACAUCGAUGCUGGAUUCAGUUAAGUGGCUGGGAGGGGGACAUUGCAGGAUUCUACAGUGGCAGGAAAACUUUUUUUUUGUUUGUUUUGUUUUGUUUUGUUUUCCUGGCACUAGAGAACCCUUUUAGCUUGGACUAAUGAAAUUCAUUUACCAAAAAAAAUUCACAUUUUGAAUGAAUGUAGAGCCUCGUAACUAAUCAAGAUUUCAUGCUAAAUAAUAUUUGGACUAUAAUGUAUCUUCAAUAGAAAACAAUUUAGAUUUUUUUUUUUUUUUUACUUUCUAGAUUUCUUUCAUCCAAAAGCAUUUUCUUAAAAUAAAUCCAAUUUAAAUGUAAAAAACAAAAUCAGAAUUUUUUUAAAAAAUUUUUUUUACCAUUGAUUUCGUAUUCACACUGCUAGAUCUAACUUGCACUAACUUUAUUAUUUUACAGUAUUUCAGUUUUGGAUUAUCCAUACAGCGUUGUCCAUGAGCUGCCAGAGUUAACUGCUGAGAGUUUAGUAAGUCUUUUUCUUUGAAUCUCUCCAGGGCUGAUCUCAAGGGCUUUAUUGCCUCUGCCACAGCGUGAACACUGGAAAAUAGUUGUUAUAUGGCUUAGUAAUACAUGAUUUAAAUUGUGUUGGAGAAUUCCUAAAAUGCAAGUAGGGAAAAAUGUUUCUUUAACAGCUUUGCUAAUAUGGCGCAACUGCCUUCUAUUGCAGGAAGCAGGAGACAACAAUCGGUUUUGUUGGAGAAAUUUAUAUUCUUGCAUUAAUCUUCUGCGCAUUUUGAACAAGUUGACAAAGUGGAAACACUCAAGGACAAUGGUGAGUAAAAACUGGGUAUUAGUAGAUCGCUUGUUUUUGGUGCUUAACAUGGGCAUGAUUUUUUAUUUUUUAUAUUUAUUUAUAGAUGCUUGUAGUUUUCAAGUCUGCUCCUAUCCUUAAGAGAGCCCUAAAAGUAAAACAAGCAAUGAUGCAGCUGUACGUGCUGAAGUUACUUAAAGUCCAAACUAAGUACUUAGGACGGCAGUGGCGGAAAAGCAAUAUGAAAACAAUGUCUGCCAUAUAUCAGAAAGUUCGGCAUCGUCUCAAUGAUGACUGGGCAUAUGGGAAUGGUAUGUAUCCUAUUCAAAUUUUGCUACCUUUAUGCAUGGUAAGAUGUGUUGCCUUUAUGUCUUUUCUUCUCACUCUGCUUUAGACCUGGAUGCACGUCCUUGGGAUUUCCAAGCAGAAGAAUGUGCUCUCAGAGCCAACAUUGAACGCUUCAACUCGCGGCGCUAUGAUCGGACUCACAGAAAUCCUGACUUUCUCCCUGUUGAUAACUGUCUUCAGAGUGUAUUGGGACAGAGAGUGGAUUUGCCAGAGGACUUUCAGAUGAACUAUGAUCUCUGGCUGGAAAGAGAAGUGUUUUCUAAACCCAUAUCCUGGGAGGAGCUACUCCAGUAAUUCAUAUCUGUGCAGAGUGAUUAAAUUACGUAACACUCCAAUCCUUGAAACACUAUGAAAUUCCGAAAUGCUAUUUGUUACAAGCUUUUUUUGUUUGCAAUAUGAUCAAGCUCUCCCGAUUUUCCAGCUUUAGCCGUAAGCCUUUAUGAACUGUAAAGAUGUGUGCCUCAUUUUAUCCUGAAAAUUCCAGAACCAGUUAAUUGGAGAGGCUCUGUUUAUUAUUUAUGAUACUCCAUUACAUAUGUCACAUUCCUUUUGAUGUGUCUUGAAGAAAAAUGUUUUUCAAAUGUACUUGUGGACUUUGUUCUCAUUAAAAUAAGUGGGAUUCCUUUA